CCCAAGUUCAAAUACGUCCACUACUACCGCCAUGGAAGCAGCAGUAGCUUGUUUCAAUAUGGGAACAGCCUCUUCUUCAGCGGAUGGAUCUGUGGGUUGUACUCCAGAUACUACGGCUAUAACAGCGGGUAUUGUGAAGCGUCCAAUGCUUCCUUCACUAUAGCUAGUGCUCAGCCUUCUGAUGCGGGUGUGUUUAGAGUCCUAGUGAAAGGUAUUGCACCUUGUCCAGAUGUAUAUUCUACCAAUGAUACUCUUGUAGUUACUACAUUGGCAGCUAUUACCACUCCUCCUACAGCCUUCCAGGUGCUGCGGGAGGUGAACUUAAAAUUAAAGGAAGGAGAAUUUGCCUACCUUAUCGGUAAAACGGGAAGUGGAAAAAGUACACUAUUGAAGUCUUUGUAUGGAGCCUUGCCAAUUCUCAGUGGUGAUGCACAAGUGGCUGGCUUCGAUUUGAAAAAAAUUAAGACGAGUAAUCUUUAUACCUUGAGACGUUCCUUAGGUAUUGUUUUUCAAGAUUUUCAAUUAUUGACCGAUCGUUCGGUUAUCAAGAAUCUAGAAUUUGUACUACGGGCCACGGGUAUUACGAAUAAGGCCGAUAUUAGUAUGCGUAUCAGCAAUGUAUUAACCCUAGUCAAUAUGAAUGACAAAGGCUAUAAAAUGCCACACCAGCUUUCUGGCGGCGAGCAGCAACGUAUAGUCAUUGCACGAGCACUUCUUAAUAGACCUAAGCUUAUCCUGGCCGAUGAGCCCACAGGUAAUUUAGAUCCAGAUACAUCUGAUGAGAUUAUGAAACUUUUAAUUCAUAUAAAUAAAAACCAUAAUACAGCUAUUCUUAUGGCUACACAUAACUAUCAGCUCAUAGAGAAAUACCCUUUUAGACUGAUAAAAGUAAGUGGAGGUGAUGCCGCGAAAUUAGGACUCGAUGCAGUGAGCUUAAGAGCUAAGUUUCCUAAGCUAAUAUAUGCUGCUCUCACUGGAUUUGGAGAAGACGAUCAUCGAACGGCCUUCGAUGUAGUGCUUCAGGCAGAGACGGAUUCUCAUACACAUAUUAUCCCAGAAAAUUUGCCAAAAUGGACGGAGAAAUUUGGGUAUGGAAAUUUUAUUCACCUCGACCAUUAUCGGUCAGGCUAUGCGAGAAUGAUGCAGGGUGAUAAAUUCUUUCGAGAAAUUAAAUCAAAUUGCUGGGAUGCUGGGAUGCGCAUAAAGGAGUAUACAGAAUAUCAAACACAAGUGCAAGUAGUCUGUACAAUACCCGUUCUAUUCGGAUAUCAUGCUCAGCCUAAACACGGCUUAGAAAUUUCUGAAUACCUAAAUGAUGAUAUUGCAGAAUUGGUGACUAAGUACCCGAAAAACUAUAUCGGAUUAGCUACCAUACCAAUGCAAGAUCCAGAACUCGCUAUUCAGGAACUGGAGCGAUGUAAAAAACUAGGAUUUAAAGGCAUCCAAAUAGGAUCGAAUAUCAAUGACAAAAAUCUCAGUGAAGACGAGUUUUUUCCCAUAUUUCAAGCGUGUGAACGCCUCGAUAUGGCCGUGAUGGUGCAUCCGUGGAAUAUGAUGGGCAAAGGACAGAUGGAUAAAUAUUGGCUGCCAUGGUUAGUAGCUAUGCCGGCAGAGACUACCAGAGCAGCUUGCUCUAUGAUAUUUUCAGGAGUGCUUGAAAAAUUGCCAAGUUUAAGGGUAUUGUUUUCACAUGCAGGAGGAGCGUUUAUUUUUACCUUAGGUAGAAUAGAGCAUGGCUUUAACUGUCGCCCCGAUCUAGUAGCUAUAGAUAAUCCCGUACCUCCGAGUCAUUAUUUGGGGAAAUUUUGGGUGGAUAGUAUCACACAUGAUGCUGAUGCCUUGCGUUAUAUUAUUUCUAAAGUAGGUACAAAGAAAAUCUGUCUUGGUAGCGAUUAUCCUUUUCCUCUCGGAGAUUUGGAAAUAGGAAAGUUUAUUACUGAAAUGGGCUUGGGGGAAAGUGAAGUAGAAGAUAUAUUCCAAAACUCUAUAGUUGAUUGGUUGAAUCUAGAUUUGAAUUUUACCAAAGAUUUAAAAUUUGAAUACACACCGCAGGUUAAAUUUAGUUUUCCUGAUAUCGAAUGCGCCGCAGGAGAUAGCUUGGUCAUAACCGGAGAGUCAGGUUCUGGAAAAACGACUUUACUUCAUUUAUUAGGUGGGUUAAUCAAGCCAAAAUCUGGCAAGGUCAUUCUGAAUGAAACGGAGGUAAAUGUUUUAGAUGGAUCUUCAUUAGAUAAAUUUAGAGGGAAACACAUUAGUAUUAUUUUUCAGAAAAUGCAUUUCAUCUCCUCGAUUUCUGUUUUAGAAAAUAUUCUUCUAGCUCAA